AUGUCGUCAAUACAACCUGAAGGUUUUGAAGGAGUCAUACUUAGAGGAAAUCACAUUGUUGUUCCGGAGUCGGUACGAAAACAAAUUCUAAAACUAGCACAUGAAACGCAUCAAGGCAUAGUUAAAACUAAGCAAUUCCUUUGUGCGCGUUUCUUUUGGCCCGGCAUGGACCAAGACGUUGAAACUCUGAUUAAGGGAUGCAGUGCUUGUGUUGUAAACCAGCCGCUUAACAGAUACACACCGCUUCAACCGACCCCGUUACCUCGUGGUCCGUGGAUUAAAGGAGCAGUCGAUCUCGUUGGACGUAUUGAUGGUAAGCAUAUCCUGACUUACAUUGACCACUACUCCUCCUAUCCAGAAGCAUGCAUCAUCAAAGAGAUAACUUCCCGUGAAGUUAUUAAAGCACUGACAGCUAUCUUUGCUAGAUUUGGAUACCCAGACGAACAUGUUUCCAACAACGGCAAACAAUUUAUCAGCGCAGAAUUUGACGCGUACCUCAAAUCAUGUGGCAUCCAACACAUUCGCGUGUCUCCGUAUUACGCGUGUAGCAAUGGGAAACUAGAAAGGUUUCAUCGAUAUCUCAAGAAAAAUUUCCGAGCCGCGAUCUCUGAGGUUGAAGUCUUGGCAAACCGAAUUGCCCAAAAUUCUCAUGCUUUAUCGAGCGAGUCCGCAUCCAAUCAGUGGGAGAUCGUCCGCUAUGCUAUUGUUGACUCAAGAAAUGAGCAUGAAGGUAACUCACAUUGCACACGAGGCGCUAAAAAAGCACUUGAUCGAGAACAUCGGGCAGGAUGCGAAUCGUAUCAACAUCGUUUAAAGAGUUAUCACGAUGCUAAGCAGAGCGCGACCCCGCACGACUUUCGUGUCGGCGAUGUUGUCUUUUGUGCGAACAUGAAACCAAACACGCUAGACUCGAAAUUUUCUCCGGCUGAGCAUGCUAUCAUUAAGUCCCAAGGGAGGGACACUUUCAGCGUUGUCAAUGUUUCAAACGUUACCACUCUAGUUCGCAACGCAAAAUACUUAAAGCACGCGCCUACUAGCGAAGUCGUUACUGACUCUAGUGAAUCAACGGACAUGGUUGAUCCUCAAACUAGUGCUAUGGAAAGUAGUGAAUCGCAAACGAAAAAUGCUGAUGCUUGUCUAGAAAGUGAUCAUUCUGAUAAUAACGCUGUUCAGAAUGACUCUAGUGUCACCACUAGGUCAGGGCGCGUCGUCAAGUCUACAAAGGACUUGGAAAACUUUGUUUAUUUUUGA